AGAAGUGAUCAUAGGAGUACCCGGAUGGUACCCAGGCUAAACUUGAGCUGUUCCAGAACAAUAUCUUACCAUACUUCCCUACUGACAACGACUUGUUCUAUUACCAACAACAGCAGGAGAACGUAACGCGAAUGCAAUUUGUAAUUUCGCCUCUCGACACAAUCUAUGCGUACUUAUGAUUUAAAUGAUAAUUCUGAACUGCUUCGGAAUGGUCAGAUGUUCUUACUGUAAUCUAAGUUUGAUAGUUUUAUUUUCCAUCAAACGAAUCAGUCUGCAUGAGAAGAUAUACGUUACCCUGCCAUCAUCGUUGCUAUGGUGCAGCAUCACUGUUACUGGCAUCACCCUUCAGAUAACAGAUCAGCGUGUGGUCAUCUGGCUGUACCAGACUAUCUCACUGCAUCCGACAAACCUCUGGGCGAUAUAUUGAAACAUUAUGGGUAACAAACGAGCCCGAGCCGACGAAGUUGUCAUGGACACCUUUAUGGAAGCUAACACAUCCUCAGGGAAGAAGAGGCGCUUUCCAGUUCACAAGGGUCUGGCUAAGAGGCACAUCUCUGCGUCCCUGGAUCCUCGGCUCCACCCACCACACUACCCGGAUCCUUUCCGCCCACUGCGGCCUGUCACUCAGUCCUACUAUCAUUUCCCGGCCGUGCCGACAGUCGUUGUUCCCUCCUUUCUGCCUGAAACAGGAUUUGAGCCGAUGGACUGGGAGCAGAGUGUUUAUUCAGAGACUGUUAUCCAUGUGUCAGAGCCAGAAACUCCCAUGGAGUGGGAAUAAGCCGACAGCGUUACUGUUUGGAGAGUUGUCAUCCCAAGGAAAAGAACUGGGUGAAACAUGGCAGUCAUCGCGACAAACGUCUCCGUGAUGGAAGAGACGAACGAUGUGGCAGCGCCAAGUAAAGACUCUUCGAAGUUCUUAACAGAACGUUGUGGUGGCGGAAUAUACGUACAUGUAACCAGAACGAAGAGUGAAGUAUUUGUCAUGAUUGAACCUCAGAUGUCUAGGAACAAUUUCCACGCAGAAACAAAUACGUAGCGCUCUUCUUCCGAACCACAUGGAACGCCACGUUUUGAACUAGUGUUACCUAGAGUUACAUAAACUGCACACAGUUAUAUUUACGCAAAGUAACGCCUCGCCAGGCGUUGGUGCCGUUGAC